UAGACCACAAUAGUCUUAUAAUAGUCAUUUAACUAUACAUUUUCGGAAAACGAAACAAAAUUCAAAAUGAGCGUAUACAAUAUGUGGGAUAAAGAAUUAAAAGAGCCUAAAUUAAAGUCAUCUCUUUCUAAUGACUGGAGUUUUGAUUCGCCGAUUGCAACACCAAGGUCAUCUUCACCGACGAGUAGGGCUGGUGAUUCGAUAUUUCGUAAAUAUAAUGAGCUUAUUCACUCCAAAUCAAAUUUAGCGAAUGAUGCCAAGCAAACUGAACCUCUCGAGAGACCUUUCGAUUUUGAUGAUGAAGAGUUUGCAUUUGGUAUAGACUUGCUAAAUAAAAAUGUUGCUUGUGUUGGCGAUAAUAUAACGAAGUUGAUUCAAAUGGCUCAAGAGCCAUGGCCAGACAAUGUGAAGUUGUUUCAACCGUAUGAAGUAGAGCAGAUUCUGUUACCUGAUAAUGCUAGCUGUCUUGCUGUGCAAGCAUUUCUAAAGAUGUGUAAUCUUCCUUUCGAAGUGGAGAUGCGGUGGAACGCAGAAUUCAUGUCGCCGUCUGGUCGGGUGCCUUUCAUCAAGUGUGGAGCAUUUGUUGUGUCUGAGCUUGAACCGAUAGUUCAGUUUGCUGCGCACAAAGGAGUGUCCCUGUGCAGCAAGUUGGGCAACGAGGAGAAAGCAGAGUUAAGAGCCUAUAUGAGUCUUAUUACCAAUGUUUUAGUUAAUGCGGAGCUGUACAUAUCCUGGGUGGAUCAAGAAACUUACAACACGGUGACCAAAAUAAGGAAUUCAUCUGUCUAUCCUUGGCCGCUUGGGUGGCUGCAGACCAGAUCCAAAAGGAACAGUGUUAUAAAGAGGCUCAAAGCACUACAUUGGUACGACAAGACCCUGGACCAAGUAUUGGCUGAUGUGGAGCAAUGUUGUAACUCACUGAGUCAACGAUUGGGUGACAAAGAUUUCUUCUUUGGCACGUCGACCAAGUUUGCGGUCACGCCUGAAAACAUCGCAGCUGUUCGAACUAUUAUAUUAGAUGACCGUGAUGUGAAAUACGAGGAGAUUCAGGCUGUUAUCAGAAUCGGAAUGAGUACAAUUCAGUCGAUAUUACAUAACGAGCUGUGUGUAAGAAAGCUAGUUUCCCGCUGGGUUCCCUACAAUUUGUCCGAAGAGCAAAAAGCGGCUCGUGUAGAUUGGUGCCGGAAUACUCAGCAACGCUUCAACGAAGGGAAGUCAAAUGCCGUUUAUAAUAUCGUCUCAGGUGACGAAUCAUGGAUUUAUUCAUACGAACCUGAAAGAAAACAUCAGUCAGCAGUUUGUGUCUUUGAAGACGAGGUCAAACCAACGAAAGUGGUUCGCUCCCGCAGCGUGUCAAAGAAAAUCGUCGCUAUGUUUGUCUCCAAAAAGGGGCAUGUUGCUAAAAUUCCUUUACAGGAACGCAGAACGGUUACGGCUGAGUGGUAUAUCACGGUUUGUUUGCCACAAAUGAUAGCUGAACUUCGAAAAAAUUACCCGCAACGUCGCGUCAUCUUACAGCACGAUAAUGCGAGCUCCCAUACGGCUCGGAAGAGAAAUGAUUUUUUGAAUCAGGAAAACGUUGAGCUGAUGGGCCAUCCUCCGUACAGUCCUGACCUGAGCCCAAGCGAUUUCUUUACAUUACCUAGAAUGAAAGACUUAUUACGCGGUCAACGGUUUGAAGACCGCGAAGCAGCUGUGGAAGCGUACAAAUCAGCCAUUUUUUCAACAUCAACUUCAAACUGGAAUUACUGUUUUAAUGAUUGGUUUGUACGAAUGUAAAAGUGCAUUAAGUUGAACGGAGAAUACUUCGAAAAACAAUAAAAUACAAUUUAGCUAUACCGUGCCCAAUGAUAUUAUAGUAUUAAAAGAGGUAGAUAUGUCACUAGCGCGCCGAAAAUCAAUCGCCUAAAUGGAGUCAAUUGGUUCCUUUGGUCGUAGUCCCUCUCCCGAUACGAAAACGGUACACACGCGUUUGUUGUUGACAGAAUUGCUUA